AUGAUCAGCACUCAAUCUCAAUCCCCAUAUUGUUACAACGAUAAAGGCAACUACACCACCAACAGUACCUACAAGACAAACCUCAACACCCUUCUCUCUUCUCUUUCUUCCCCCUCCAACAACGGCAAUGGCUACGGCUUCUACAACUUAUCCUAUGGGGAAAACCCCGACCAGGUUUACGCAAUCGGGCUAUGUCGAGGGGAUGUCACGGUGGACUUUUGCCGUGGCUGCCUCAGCAACGCCACACAACAGAUCACACAGGGCUGUCCCAAUCAAAAGGAAGCUUUCGGCGUAAUUGAACAGUGCACGCUUCGCUACUCCAACCGCUCCAUCUACGGAGCCAUGGAAACUUUCCCUCCUCUCAUGUGGUAUAACGCACAGAACGUGCCCUCCGACGUCGACGGGUUUUCUCAAGAACUGAAUACGCUACUGGAGGACCUAAGGGGUCAAGCUGCAGGAAACGGUUCACUUCGAAAAUUUGCGGUAGGGACCGCAACCUUUCCCAACUUCCAAAAUGUCUAUGGACUUGCGCAGUGUACGCCAGAUUUGACCGAGCAGGUCUGCAGUGAUUGCUUGGGCAGUUCUUUGGCAGAUAUUCCAAAAUUUUUUGAGGGGAAGCAAGGUAUGAGCUUCGUUAACACUACAACUAUCCGACCAUUGCCGUCUUCUCCGUCGCCACUGUCUAGUCCUCCUCCACCGCCACUGUCUAGUCCUCCUCCCCCGUCAACCAGUACAGGAGGAUCGAAGAGUGACAAAUCUCGAACUGUCAUCAUUAUCGUUGUGCCAAUUGUUGUUUCUGUGGUACUAAUAGUUAUGUUCUUCUGCAUUUGUUUAAGAGUAAGGAGGACAAAGAAAAAACUUGAAACUGGGAAGUUAAUUCCAGGCAACGACGAUACAGAUGAAAUUGGAUCUGCAGAAUCCUUGCAAUUUGACUUGGCCACCAUUAGAGUUUCCACAAAUGACUUUUCUGAAGCAAAUAAACUUGGACAGGGCGGAUUUGGAUCUGUUUACAGGGGUAGGCUUCUCAAUGGAAAUGAUAUAGCUGUAAAAAGGCUCUCUACAAAUUCUGGGCAAGGAGAUUUAGAAUUCAAAAAUGAGGUCUUGUUAGCGGCUAAACUUCAACACCGGAAUUUAGUUAGACUCUUAGGUUUCUGCUUAGAAGGAAGUGAAAGGCUUCUUGUCUAUGAAUUUGUCCUUAAUGCAAGUCUCGAUCACAUCAUAUUUGACCCAACAAAGCGUGCACAACUAGAUUGGGGGAGGCGCUACAAAAUCAUAGUAGGCACUGCUCGAGGCCUCCUUUACCUCCACGAAGACUCUCGCCUUAAAAUUAUUCAUCGUGAUCUCAAAGCUAGUAACAUCUUGAUAGAUGCAGAAAUGAACCCCAAAAUUUCAGAUUUUGGCAUGGCAAGGUUGUUUGUGCCUGAUCAAACGCAAGGCAAUACUAGUCGGAUCGUUGGGACCUUUGGGUAUAUGGCUCCAGAGUAUGCAAUGCGUGGGCACUUUUCUGUUAAGUCCGAUGUCUACAGUUUUGGCAUGGAGAAAUGCGGAGGAUCUUCUAAGUUUCGCCUGGAGAAGUUGGAGGGAAGGGACAGCUUCAAAUCUAAUAGAUCCAACAUUGAAGACUGGUUCAAGAAAUGA